AAUGUGGGGAAGUCUUUAAAGCAUUUCUGAGUAAUGUGAGGAAGUGUUUAAAGUAUUUUUAAAGUAAUGUUUGGAAGUCUUUAAGGCCAAAUGGACUUAAAACUGACUGACGGUGUAAAAAAGAUGAUUUGUCAUAAGCCUGUUCUGCAGGCUGUGGAGUUUCAAAGGAACUAGAAGUCGUGUGUUUUUUACUUCUGGACCUGGUUUCAUGUUGAAGCUGAACCCGGUGCAGCUGUGGUGUCACCUGGACCGGAGUUUAUUCAGCUUUCUGCCUCAGAUGAACCAACACUUAUAGAAACACUAAUUGGUUCAGAGCUCAGAUGAGACGUUUUCUUGAGGGACAAUGUGAGGAAUUGGUGUCAGAGUUCACUGCAGGUCCUUCUAGGUUUCUGUUCAUUUUAUUGCCUCACAUUUUUAUAAUAUGGAUUAUAAGGCAUAAAUGAGCAUAGCUACAGAAUAAAAAAAGUGUCGAUUUCCUGUCCAAACCUUUAUACUGCAGUACAUGAGAGCACUUCUUUUGUUUUUGGCACACUGCUAAGCGUGUUAAUUUUUUUCCCUGAUGUCUUUGGUUCUGUCAUUUCGUGGUUGAGAUUUUGAGAUUUCGGUAUGUAAUUUAUCUAUCUACAAAUAUUUUGAGGACAUUAAUGAGUGUAGGCUCCUGGCCUGGUUGGUUGAGUUUGGGAGGAAAAUGUUCCCUGUUGCCGAACUUUAACUUUGACAUGUACUUGCUGUACAGAUGGGAGAAUAAAUCCUCCAGCCGCUCACUGUAAUGCCUGUCUCAGUAACCUGAUCGGGUUUGGAGUCUUGUUCAGGAAUGCCACUGAAAGAAAGCAGAAAGGAAAAGAACAGACACACUCUUUUAAGACCUUGCACCAGUCAGAGUUUCUGAUCUGUUUUCAAUUUAUCUUUGACCAAUUUUAGCCAAUUCCAGUUUCCUCUAGAGCUCUUUUUCCUCUUUAUCUAUCUGAAGUUUUAGGUCAGUUAUCAUAACUCUACAGUCGUCCUGUUCAAGACGUCUUGUGGCUCUUUAUGCCUAUAAUCUUUGUUUUUUAAUUAAACCGACCACAUCCUUCUUGGUAGCACGUGAAGACGAGUUUCUCUUCAUUAAAUGUUUAUAAUGAAAAAACUGUAACAGAUUGUGAAUUGUCAUCCAGACUUUAUGGUAACUGGAGGAAGCAAAAGAAAUCCUCUCCUUCAUUCCUGGUUCUGUUCUGUGUUCGGCCUCUGAAUGACGACGUGGAGCUGAUCAAUGCCGCCGAUCGGUUCCCGGGGCCCUGAUUGGUUCAGUGGAGCUGAAGGACGUUGCGUCCUCUGUGUAAGCGCUGCAGCUGAAGCUCUGACUGCCGGCUGGAGUCUGAGUGAAGAGCAGCGAACUGAGCAGCAGAGAGGAGCUUUUGCUUUCAGAUUGCAGGUCCAACAGAUUGCAGAGUGCAGUGUAGCUCCCAUUGCGAUGGAGGACAGUGACCACGAGCCGUCCUCUUCGUCAGACGAGCAGGACUCCUGCCCGUCGUCACCCAAUCAGAACAGGCACCACAAUGCUGCACAGCAUUUGAGCCAUUCAGACGACUCCGAAGUGGAGAACAUAAUGCACGACCCUCCGCAUCACGGAGGGAACGGCCCAAACCACGAAGCUCACGAUGCAGACGGCCAAGACCGGCCCGUCACCCCGUCUUGCUUGCAGCCCCCCGUGGCGGGUCGAGCCCGGUCAGAUUCGGGUUCAGAUACCAGCUUGUCGCAGAGCAGAAGUGUGGAGUUUGACUUGCCGUCUCCCAUCAGCCCCUGCAGGCCGAGGAGCCCCUGGGCUCUGUUCGAUCCGUACAGCAAUAAUGAGGACCCAGACAAGGAAUAUGUGGGCUUUGCAACAUUGCCAAACCAGGUGCACCGCAAAUCUGUGAAGAAAGGGUUUGACUUCACCCUCAUGGUGGCUGGCGAGUCUGGCCUGGGAAAGUCCACCCUGGUCAACAGCCUGUUUCUCACAGACUUGUACAAAGAUAGGAAGCUGCUUAAUGCUGAAGAGAGGAUCACACAGACGGUUGAGAUCACCAAACACACUGUGGACAUAGAGGAGAAAGGUGUGAAGCUGAAGCUCACCAUCGUGGACACGCCUGGGUUUGGUGACGCUGUCAACAACACUGAAUGCUGGAAGUCGGUGGCGGACUACAUCGACCAGCAGUUUGAGCAGUACUUCAGGGACGAGAGCGGCCUCAACCGCAAGAACAUCCAGGACAACCGGGUUCACUGCUGCCUUUACUUCAUUUCACCCUUCGGCCAUGGCCUUCGGCCCCUGGAUGUCGAAUUCAUGAAGGCUCUGCAUGAGAAGGUUAACAUCGUACCCAUUCUGGCCAAAGCCGACACGCUCACCCCGAGCGAGGUCAAGAAAAAGAAAAUCAAGAUCAGAGAGGAGAUCGAGCAGUACGGCAUCAAGAUCUAUCAGUUCCCAGACUGCGACUCCGACGAAGACGAAGACUUUAAGCAACAAGACCUCGAGCUGAAGGAGUGCAUCCCUUUUGCAGUAAUUGGCAGCAACACGGUGGUGGAGGCCAAAGGGAAGAGGGUGAGGGGCCGCCUCUACCCCUGGGGCAUCGUAGAGGUGGAAAACGCCGCCCACUGCGACUUCAUCAAGCUGAGGAACAUGCUGGUCCGCACACACAUGCAGGACCUGAAGGACGUGACCCGGGAGACUCACUACGAGAACUACAGAGCCCAGUGCAUCCAGAGCAUGACCCGCAUGGUGGUCAAGGAACGCAACCGCAAUAAACUGACCAGGGAGAGCGGCACCGACUUCCCCAUGCCACCCGCCCCCGGAGCGUCGGAGAGCGACAAAGAAAAGCUCAUCCGAGAGAAAGACGAGGAGCUGCGGCGGAUGCAGGAGAUGCUGCAGCGGUAUCAGGAUCACUUGAUCACCCAGAAGGACGGAUGUUAACGAAAGACUCGGCACGUUUUAAACAAAAAAACAGAGAAAACACCCAGACGUCCUUCAUCCCUCACCCUGAACACUGAGUUCCCGGGUGUGUGUGUGUGUGUGUGUGUGUGUGUGUGUGUGUGUGUGCGUGUGCGUGUGUCUCCUCUCAGCUCAUCAAGCAUGCGACUCACCAGCCGGGUGAGGAGACUGUAAGACCUCAGAGACUCUGUUGAAUCUAACAAGCACCUGGUUACAUAUCAGAACUUUAAUUCAGAUCACAAAGUGGCCACAUCACUUUCCUCAUGUCGUCGUCGUUUUCUCUCUAGAUUGUCCUGCAUGUUCUUUUUACUUUUUGUACGUCUUCCAUAUUUCUGUUUAGCCACACUCCUCCACUUUAUAUGGGUAAUAUUGAUUUAGUUUCCUCUGCCACUCUUGUUGUUGUUGGUUCAUUAUUUUUUUUAUGUAUAUUUGUUGUUUGAGUCUCUACAUAU